UUUUUUUUUUAAUAAACUCACAAUGAAAGUAAUGAACAAUUGAAUGAAUUUUGGAGAUUAAUAAACCAAUAAUGAACUUAUGACUGACAGCGGUAAUAAUAACGUUCUUAUAGGAAAUGGGAAAAGAGACUUGUUAGCACCAUGUCGAUAACAAAGUUAAGAGUGAAGUCUGCCAUUAGGCAUAAUGACAAGGGAUCUUCCCGUAAUUCUCCAAUGUGCACUGUAGACAAAAAUAAACCAAGAAACCGUUCAGCAGAAUCUACAAAAAAACAGAUCAAUUUGCAAUCAACCGGUGUCACAGCCGUUGCCGCGUCAUCUAAUGGCACACAUAUAGACUCACGAAUGUUACAUACUAAUAUGCCUCAAACAACGCUGUUGAAAAUUGAACAGUUUGUUCCUAGCCGUUCACGAAAGCCGUUGGCCCGUUCUUACAGCACUCUUAGUUCAAGUUCCUACAUGAAACGCCAAAACGUAGUCAGAAACGUGGGAAAACACGCUAAAAAGGAUACUGCUUUAGAAUGCGGUGGCUCCGCUUUGCCCAAUGUAAUAAAGGGACCUCUUUUAGCAGCCGGAACUUUACAUCGCCGUCCCACUUUACGCGCAGUGACGCGUCAACGUUCGAAAUCCACAUCCUCAUCAAACUCAGCCUCCAAUCGUCCUAGCAUAGCAGCUAAUCUCAAGCGUCCUUACGAUUCACCGCAACGGAACUCGGUGAAUGGUGCAACGGUGACGCAACAACCCAAUGGCAUUUGUCGUAUCGCACGUCAUUCGAGGGAAAUAGAGAAAUUACCUGACCGUAUAAACUAUGAUAAACGUGGUCUAACCACCAUACCCAUAUUCGAGAAUGAACCAAACUUACGCCUCUUAUCGUUGCAGCACAAUCUGAUUAGUACAUUUCACAUACCAAAAGAGGAAAAUGUUCCCGGCAAGAAUGAUGCUUCAAGCGAACUAUCUGUAGGUCAAAGUAGUAUCAGCAUCAAUAACUAUACACUUAGAACAGAUACAAACCCCCAACGCCUGCCAAAUAAUAGACAAGAAAUGUUUUUGCCUUUAGGAAAUGCACAGAAUGCACAGGAAAAAUCUCCUUCUUCGCCAUCUCCGCUUAAUAUGUUAACUGCACAAACGUUAAAAAGUGGUUGCACGAAUCAUACGUCACAGCCGCAGCAACAGCAGCAGCAACAACAACAACAGCAACAACAACAACGUCACAAAUUAUUACAGAGAAAUCUGCAUUUUCAUCCAGAUAAAGAUAGCCGGCAUGUGUUGCCUUCAUCCUCGCAGAUGCGUUUUGGUUUACGAAAAUCCAAAAGUUUUGCAAACAACUUUGCCGGUCAAUUGAGUACCAACAGUAAUUGCAAUAAAAAUGUUAAACGCGGAGUUGUUCCCCAGCCACGUCAAAGGCCAUACCUUAUAAGGACAGGGACAAGCACCACGCAUCUAAAGAGUUUUGAUUUCACCACCAAUUGCAGCAUUGUAACCGCUACAUCGGAUGCCGUCUCCUCGCCGGUUUCGAUUAACACAGAAAAUGAAGAAAAUGAAUUUUCCACUUCUCACUCACUCGACUUACACAUCAAAAACAAACAACUACAGUAUACUUAUGGCGCGAUUUUCCGUCAGUUGGUCUUCCUCGAUUUGUAUGACAAUCAAAUCGAACGCAUUAACAAUUUGGAUGGGCUGCCGUCUUUAUCAGUGCUAUUGUUGGGUAAAAAUCGCAUCACAGACAUCAGUGGUUUGGCUUCGCUGAAAACCACGUUGCAUGUCCUGGAUUUGCAUGGCAAUAAAAUCACUAGCGUAAGCAGCAAUAGAAUCAACUGCCUGCAUGAAUUGAGAUCUUUGAACUUGGCUGGCAAUCAAAUAAGACAAAUCAAUCAGAACGACUUCAAUGGAUUGCAACAACUUAAAGAGCUGAACUUGAAACGUAACAAACUGAAACGUAUCAACGGAUUUCAACAUCUCGUUGCAUUGGAACGGCUGUGGCUGUGUCAUAACGACUUACACAAAGUCGAAGAUAUGGCAUCGAUUGCAAAGGCUGUGAGUCUAGUAGAAGUGACUAUAGAAAAUAACCCCGUUUCCUUAGCCGGCGAUUGCGUUUCAUUUCUAGUCAGUUAUUUGCCGAAAUUACAGAGUCUCAGCCAAAUGCCCAUAACUGAGCAAGUACGCAAAGCAGCCAUGGCUUGGCGUAACAACAAAGAACUAGCCGCAAACAAACAUCAACAUUUCACUACAGAAAUUUUCAAUUCUAUAAGACGCGAGGAGAUUAUAUCAAAUGCUCGUACCAAUUGGGAACUCCUGAGGUCACAACAAUUAUCACAAUCCGGUUAUGCAACUAAGCAGCGCACACUAAAAUAUCCCAAUGAUUUAGAUAAAAUACAAGAAGAUACCAACGAGAAUGUCUAUGAAGAAUUCAUCAGGCUGCCACCUAUAGGCCAGGUCGUCAAGGAUGUCGAAAAAUCCAAAGACACGGAAGAUGCGACUGAAAUACGUCACUCACAAUCUUCGUCAUCUAGUUUAGGGCCAAAUGUGAACUCUUCGUCCAGUUGCUACAGUUCAGAAGGUGAAACGGAUGACGUACCUCCGAAAAUUGCAACAGUCAACCAACCAUCAAAUCAGCCAACCAGUGACUUUGAUGAAACCUCUGCAACAUCAUCAGUUGGUAAAGAGUUUUCCAUGAAAACCACAGAAAGCGUAGAUAUCGUACAAAUAAAGAAUGACCAAAACAACACAAGUCGCACUAAAAGCGUAAAGAAUGACAAAUGCAUCAUGUCUCCAAGAGGACAAGUCAAUCAAACCAGCAAUAUAAGCAAAUGUAAUAACGCAGUCGUUCUUGCUACUACAAGUAUAGAAUUCAACGCAAAUACUAACAAUGCAACAACACUUGCAACGACGAACCAGUUAUCUAACCAGACAACAUCAACAACAGUAACAUUAUCAACGACGACGACAUCUGUACUGACAUCGUCAACGUUAAGCAAACGUUACAUGACGAGCAGCUUAAUGAGAUCUCAGACUGCUUUAGGCAAUAGCAGUCCAGGUGUUAUAGCAACAAUAAACGGAAAUGCUAGCAAACUGCAGACCGCAAUAAAUAACACACGUUAUCAAAGUAAGCCGCACCAUAAUUUGACCGCACAAACAUCUGCAAACGCUAACCAAAGCAACAAUGAAUGUAUCAGUCACAGCAGCGCUACCAGCAUCAGUUAUUCGGCCAACAAUACUGUAAUAACCUGUAUGGCCGGUGGGUAUACAACAAUCGUCAAUGCCAGCAAGUCGUCCGUAUCCACUUGCCACAACCAACUAUUGACUGUCUCAACCACCAUCGCCACUACCCCUACUCCAAUCAUCACAAAUACUGCCGCGACUAGUAUCAAACUAACACCGAACGAAAGAGAGCGGGAACAGGGCGGCGACUAUUUGAUCGAGAUUUGCGGUCGUUAUUUGAACGUUUAUGGUCACGGUGCUUUGCGUUUCAUCGACAAACAAUGGAAUCCUGUAAAAGCGAACGACGUUCAUACGCUCAAUUUUAGCUACAUCAACUUUAAUAGCAUCAGCACACUUCUAACUCGCAUCAAAGUGCGUUUCCCUCAUGCGGAAAAUUUCGUUUUUCGCGAAACAAACAUUGCGUAUCUGGGCCAGUUAAAUGCAUUGGCGGAAUUACAAGGCAUUUCCUCGCUGUUUAUCGAUCCAGAGGGCAAUAGUAUUACAACAAAGGAUUUGUGGCGUCAAUAUGCCAUUUAUCGUCUCUCCCACUGGGGCCUGAAAUUGUUAAAUGCACGUGAGGUAACAGCGGAAGAAGUGGACGAAGCCAAUAGCAUUUAUGCCGGCCUCUCUGAAUUAAUAUUGUGGUCAAUGCCGGAUGCUAUGCUGCAGCCAUUGCUCGCACGCUUACGUUUAGAAGAAUCUUGCACGGCUAGCAAAAUGUCCCCGAAACAAUGGCUUUUAAAGCCAGACAAUCAAUCGCUGAGAUUGGUGGUGGGCAAGGAGGCGCUGCAAUGGAAGAAAGCUAACAGCAACAAUCAGGAAAAUCAUAAUCUGCGUACGCCACAACAGGUGCGUCUAUUGCAAUUACAAUAUGCAUAUGAUGGUAAUGCGGUGCCCAUCAGUAACUCAAUUGCUUCAUCAACGGCAACCGUAACAACAACAGCAACAACAAUAACAACAACAAAUUUAACAUUCUCCACAACAUUAUCAAGUUCUUCAUCUAUAGUCCCAGCCACAACAAUAACAACAACAGCAAUAACACCAAUGACAACCACUUCCCUUAGUAUACGCGAACGCGGUAAAAUUCAUAUUACACUAAUGAUGGAAAAUACAUGUAAUGCGGUUGAGAAAUUGCAUAAAUUAGAAACGUUAUGGCCUAGUAUGCUUCUGGAAAUCGUACGCAACACAUUGAUCGACUAUUCACAACUGGAUGUGUAUGUACGUAACCUAAUGACCGAACUAAUGAAGUGA